AACUAUGAAGAAAAGCUAGAGUUGAUAACUUUGUGAAAUAUUUGAUAUAUAUGGUAGCUAAAAAAUGGAUCAUUUAUUAAGGGUUGUAUUGCAAUUUCUCAUUCUUUUACUGCUACUGUGUGUGAAGUCGUGGGCUCAGGCGUAUAACCUCAGUGUGUCUGUUGAGGAAGGUUUACCUGCAGGGACCGUAGUAGGGACCAUUAGAGCGGCUUUUCCUCCAGGUGUACGAAGCAGUGGGUUCUUCAUAUCCGAGAGCACAGACUCGGACGUCUUCCGUGACCUGAAAGUAGAUACGGAGACGGGAGACGUGUCCACGUCUGCAGUCCUGGACCGGGAGCGCACAAACAAAUACGAAUUUUCCACUAGAAGUUUAACAGGAGACGUGGUAAGGGUUCAAGUGGAAGUGAAAGACGUGAACGAUAACGCCCCCGUGUUUCCUGAAGGGAUGGUGAUGCUAAACGUGUCCGAAUGGACUCCAGCUGGGACAAGAUUUCACCUGAAUGCCGCAGGAGAUGGAGAUGAAGGCAGGUUUGGCGUUCAAGGGUACAGAAUUUUGGAAAGUGAGGAAACAGAGGGGGUUUUUAAACUGGACGUAGAGGGGAUGGAUUUGGUUCUUGUGAAAGAGCUGGAUAGAGAGGACGUGGACUUCUACUAUCUAACCGUUGAGGCUUUUGAUGGUGGCGUACCACCAAAAUCCGGGUUCUUACAAGUUAACGUUAAUGUUCUGGAUGAAAACGACAACCAUCCAGUUUUUAAUCAGACUGACUAUCUAGCGUUUAUUUGGGAAAACGCCGCUUUCCUAACCCCUGUGUUCCAGGUAAAUGCUCGUGAUCCAGAUUUUGACGUUAAUGGCUCCGUCAGCUAUGAGAUCGACCCAAUCCUUAGCAACUCAGAUGAACAUUUUAUCAUUGACACAAACACAGGUAUCAUUCGGGUGAAUAAGAUUUUAGAUUACGAAACCAGGUCGUCUUUCGAACUGGUCGUGACCGCUCAGGAUCAUGGAUCUCCUCCGAAAUCGAGCAGCACAUCGGUCGAAAUCAGGAUUCUGGAUGUCAAUGAUAACAGCCCGAAUAUUAGCGUCGUGUUUUUGAGCGAAAGUGGAGAUCCUGAGGUUUCUGAAGGAGCUGGUUAUGGAGAUUACGUGGCCCAGAUUACCAUUUCAGACCCAGACUUGGGAGAACCGGACAAAGUCGGUGUAUCCCUUCAAGGUGGCGAUGGGAAAUUCAGCUUAAAGCUUGUAGACGAGUUUGUGUACGUCUUAUGCGUGGAUGGCGUGCUUGACAGGGAUGAAAGGGAUCGAUACAAGCUCAGUGUGGUCGCCUCAGACUUUGGUUCUCCUCCACUGAGAAGCGAGAAGUCGUUUGUUCUACGGAUUACCGACGUGAACGAUAACGCACCACUUUUCGAGCAGGAGAUCUACCAUACGAACGUUUUUGAGGACGUUCCUGAAGGAAGCUCGGUUAUACAGGUCAAGGCCCACGAUGACGACGAGAACUCUGGGAUAUUAUACUCGAUCUUACAGUCGGAUCAAAGCUUCCUGGUGAAUAUCGACCCCCUGACCGGUAUCGUCAGCACCGCCGCGGGUUUGGAUCGAGAGCGAGAGUCGGACCUGGUGUUUUUGGUGGUGGCAGUGGACUCUGGUUUUCCUCCUUUAACCUCCACGGCUACUGUUAGCAUCUGCGUCGAGGACGUCAAUGAUAAUGGACCUGUCUUCCAACAGCAGAUCUACAACGCCACCAUACGAGAGCAUCUCGCCAUCGGAAGCUGCUUCUUCCAGGUAAUUGCCGAAGACGCUGAUGGAGACGAGCUCGGUACGGUGCGUUAUGAUUUUUCCGAGGUGUUUAACACCGAAUACACACGCAAUCUGUUUCACAUCAACCCCAUUACUGGAGAGAUGUGUGUGUCUCAUGACAUCGAUCGUGAUGCAGGCCUGGUGUACUUUGACCUUUUAAUAAAAGCUGAGGACCAAGGAGGCCUCAGCUCACAGGCGUAUCUUCACAUCGAUGUGGAGGAUGUGAAUGAUAAUGCUCCUGUAUUUAACCCAGAGCAAUAUUCCACAAACUUAAGUCUAACUAUUGAACCAGGAGCUGAAAUCCUGACUGUUUUUGCCACUGACCGAGAUUUCGACAACUACGGACGAGUCUCAUACGAGCUUCUCCCUGGAGAUCAUGCGUCUUUUUUCUCUGUGAAUGAAUCGUCAGGCACACUCUCUGUGUCCUCGACUCUCUCCGAGCUGGGCACCAGCAGAGUGCGACUCUCGGUCUCCGCCCAUGAUGGAGUAGGCGUGGCCUCUCCAAGACCUGCUGACAUCAUCAUUAACAUUCUGCAUGCUGACCACGCCCCUGCGCUCUUCCAAAAGUCCCAUUAUAGCUUCUCAGUGUCUGAGGAUUCUUCUCCUGGCACCUCGGUGGGAACAGUGCGGGUUGUAAAAUCUCACGAUUUCAUGGAUGCUCACGUGUAUCAAAUCGCCUCUGGUGACCCCGAGAAAUUUUUCACUCUGGAUUCCCAGUCUGGUGUGAUUUACACCAACAUUCCUCUGGAUCAUGAAUCCCUACCAAGUGCACUUCUCACUGUUCAGGCUCACACUGAUACUCCAUUCUUUUACAGCACUGCUUAUGUCCACAUAAUCAUCACUGACAUCAACGACAAUCCACCCGUCUUUCCAAUCACCUUUGACCUCAUCACGAUAUCCCUAAAAGCUCUUCCUGGGACAACGCUCUACGUGGCGCAUGCUCAUGACAGCGAUAGCGCUGCUAACGGACAGAUUCGCUACUCUGUCCAUCCAGAGAGCCAGUUAUUCAAUAUCCAUCCUCAUUUUGGAACCCUAACGCUAAACAGCAGUAUUCCAAAAGGUUCUCCACAGAGAUAUGAGCUCAACGUGGUGGCUGACGAUGGAGGGAAUCCAUCCUUAAGCUCCUCGAUGAGCCUUACAGUUGAAAUUGACUCUUCAACAAACCCAAAGAACGUGAUCGCCUUCGAGACUCUAAUCUAUCAAGUGGAGAUCGGGGAAAAUGCUCAAAGUGGCACUGGUGUGAUCCAAGUGCGUGCCCAUUGGAUCAAAUCACAACCUGGAUCACAUUUACCCAGAAUCCUCAGCUACUCCAUGGAGCCUCAAUUCCCAACACUGCCGUUCCUUAUUCAGCCUGAUAGUGGAUGGAUCUUUGUCGCUGGCGGUCUUGAUUAUGAGUCAGAGAAGAUGUACAGAUUUAACAUUCGUGCCGAAGCUCAUGGCAGUGACGAGGAACUGAGCGCUUCAGCCACUGCUAUCAUCUCGAUACAGGAUGAAAAUGACAACAUUCCAGUUUUCAGUAGAGACCGAUACUUUUUCAGCGUCCCAGAGAGUCUGGACCCGCAUGGCCUGAUGGGAAAGUUGAACGCUACAGAUAGGGACUCUGGGAAAAACGCACAGCUCUCCUUUAUCCUGCUGUCCGACACCAAACACUUCCGCAUCAACUCUAAAACAGGAGAGCUGAUGAACUGGGCGGCUCUGGAUCGCGAGCAUCAACCUCAUUACACUCUGAGAGUAAUGGUGACUGAUCACGGUCAUCCUCGCCUCAACUCCACCACAACCGUCCACAUAACUGUGACUGAUGUCAAUGACAAUCCACCUCAGUUCACACACCAGCAGCUCAGUGUGCAGGUAUGUGCCAACCUUCCUGUCCGUUCAGUGAUAAUGAGCGUCUUUGCUAAAGACCCAGAUGCUGGAGAAAAUGGGACAGUCGCAUUCUCUCUAAGAGAAGAGGGUGGAAAGAGUCACUUCGAGAUUGACAGUCAAAGUGGAGAGAUCAAGGUUACAGCAAGAUUUGAGCAAAACCACCAGACGAAUUACACCAUGGCGGUGGUUGCCAGAGACAAUGGCGUUGCCCCUGUGGAGCAGACAGCCUUGGUACACAUACAGGUCCAUGCUUGCACCCAGGUGCGAGGACCUACAGCGGGCAGUGGUGAUGUUCUGGGUUUCCGAAGGUUAACUGUCACAGAGGAUGCCAGCGUGGGCUCUCUGAUUGGCUCGAUUGGAAUUUCCAGGGGAGCCAGCCAGCUGUUGCGCUAUAAUGAUGAAGAUGGGAGUUUAUACUUCACUACCGAUGCAGCAAAUGGCAAUAUUUAUCUAGCCAAGCCUUUAGAUUAUGAGACAAAUCAGCAGCACUGUUUCAAAAUGUAUCCCAGUGUUAACACCACUUUUCUAGUGGCUGUCAGCAUCGAUGACGUUAAUGACAACACGCCCAGUUUCCCUGGAAACAGCAGCAUUGUGGCGUUUGGAGUUGAGGAAGAUGUCACCAUAGGAACCAUGGUUUAUGUCUUUAAGGCAGUUGAUGGCGAUGCGACCUUUCGUAACAGUGCUAUCCGUUACACAAUGACCUUUGACCCAACCAUGGCUAUGGAAAACAUACCGUUUAGAAUUGAUCCUGAUACUGGGGAAAUCGUAACAACUUUAUUGUUGGAUCGUGAGCGUAAUCAAAGUUUUGCCUUCAUUGUCACUGCCACCGAUGGGAAACACGCCGAGGCGUUGACAGCUCAAGUGUUUCUACUGGACAUCAAUGACAACAACCCAGCAUUUGUUUCAAAUGACACGGUUCAUGUGGCAGAGGACACAAAGGUUGGAAGUCUUUUACAUCAUUUCCUGGCCAGAGAUGAAGAUGAAGGCGUGAACAGUCAGGUGUCCUUCAGUCUGAUCUCUGGAAAUGAAGGUGAAGUGUUUCGUUUGAAGAGAUCAGGUCACCUGUAUUUGAACUCCUCUUUGGACUAUGAGUCCCAGCAUGCCUUUGGACUCACGGUGCAGGUCUCAGAUGGGGGGACACCAUCCCUAUCCUCCACUCAGACCCUGACCGUGCUGCUGAUAGACGUGAAUGACGAGAUGCCGCUGUUUGACCAGGACCGUUACCGAGCCAGCGUGAUGGAGAACAGAGAGCCAGGAGAAGCAGUGGUUACAGUGAGAGCACUGGACCUGGACUCAGGUCAGAAUGGUAAUUUGAGCUACAGCCUCUUGCCAGGUGCUGGUUAUGAGUUUUUCACCAUCGACUCACGGACUGGUCUUAUCAGCACCUCCAGGAAGCUGGACAGGGAACUGCAGCACAGCUUCACUCUCAGAGUUCAGGCAGAGGAUGCUGGGAUUCCUGCUCUCUCCAGCACAACUACAGUUCUUUGCUCGGUUCUCGACGACAACGAUAAUCCUCCUCAAUUCUCCCAGACAUCCUUCCACAUCGUUAUACCAGAGAAUCUCCCUCCAGGAGUCAUUCACACUGCUGUGACCUUUGACCCUGACAACGGACUCAACGGAACUGUGACCUAUUCUAUAGAGAAUACUUUUGGAGACUUCUUUAUCGACUCAGAGACUGGAGCUGUCAGCACUGCAAGCUCUCUAGAUCGAGAGAAACGUUCAAAUUACACACUCAUCAUUAAGGCUGCUGAUCAGAGUUCUACUCCUCUCACUUCCACUGCCAUCCUUUUUAUAAAUCUCGCAGAUGAGAAUGACAACAAUCCCACUUUUGAGCAAACUACCUACCACGCCAUCGUUAGUGAAGACCUUCCUCUCGGCAGUGAGAUUCUCCGUCUUCAUGCUCGAGACCCAGACGAGGGUCCAAACGCUGAAAUCAGCUUCUCCCUGAUUGAGGAAGUGUCCGGGACUUUUUCUGUCAAUGCCUCUACAGGAGCUGUGCGCUUAGCAAAACCUUUGGAUCGAGAAAUUAAAUCGCAGUACAAUCUCCGUGCCGUAGCGACAGAUGGCUGUAGUCAGGGUCCGCGUAGUUCUGUCGUAGCCAUCAGUGUUCAAGUGGAUGAUGUUAAUGAUAAUGUGCCUCACUGCAUUAACGACCCAAUAAGAGCGUCCGUUAGUGCGGGAAAUAACCGAACCGUCGCCAUGGUGACAGCACAUGAUCCAGAUCAAGGUGAAAAUGGGACGGUGGUGUUCAGGUUAAUGCAGGAAGAUGAGCAAUUUCAUAUUAACCAAUCAACUGGAGAGGUGCAGAUAAAAUCCUCGAUAACAGCCAGCAUAGCGGAGACAAAGAUGUUAAAAAUCUGGGCUGUAGACAAAGGCUCGCCUGCUCUCACCUCCACCUGCCUUGUGAUAAUUACCCUCAACGGUGAUGAGCCUCUGCUGCAGUUUACCGAGAAACACUAUGAAGUGAGCUUGCCUGAAAACAGUGAGACAGGUUCCUGGGUGGGAAAUGUUGUAGCUCACGAUCAAAGUGCCACAGAAAUUACAGUGAAGUACGGUAUAUUCAGCGGCAAUGAGAACGGAGCUUUCAGCAUCGAUUCUAACACAGGUGACAUAACAGUUAGAAAUAAGCUCUUGCUGGACUUUGAGAGGGAGCGCGAGGUUCAUCUGGUGGUUUCGGCAACAAAUAGUCGCCAUUCAGCCCAUGCCAGAGUGACUGUCAGUCUACAGGAUGUAAACGACAAUGCUCCAGUGUUCAAACAAAGUUACUACAGAACUGCAGUCUGGGAGGGACAGAUUGUUAAUACUUAUGUUACGCAGGUAUUAGCAAUGGAUGCUGAUGGCGGUGUGAAUGGGCAAAUCGACUACUCCAUAGUGAAUGGAAAUCAAAACAACACUUUCAUUAUCGACUCUGUACGUGGGAUUCUUGCCACCAGGGCAGUCCUUGACCGAGAAAUCAUCUUCUCUUACAAGUUGACGGUUGAGGCUAAAGACAGAGGAAAUCCUGCUUUGACAGGAACAUGCAUUGUUCAAGUUCAGGUUGUGGAUGUUAAUGACAACAGACCAGUGAUACCAGCAAUAGACCCAAUAGUGGUCCCUGAGAAUUUUCCACCUGGCCAUAUUGUCAUCCAAGUAAGGGCCAAUGACGUCGAUCUUGGUUCUUCAAUCACGUACAGCUUAGCACAACCAGUGGAGGCAAAUGGAAGCUUUGCUGUAGACCCCUAUUUGGGAAUAAUCACAUCUAUCAAGAGUCUGGAUUAUGAGGAGCAAAUCCUACAUACGCUGACGAUAAUGGCAUCCGAUUCAGAACAUAAGACAGAGGCACAGAUAACUGUUGAAGUUUUGGAUGUAAAUGAUAACGCACCCGUUUUCUCUCAGGAGUAUUACCAGGUAAUGUUGCCAGAACUGACACCUGCAGAUACGUUCGUGGUGGCUGUAUCAGCCACAGACAGAGACUCCAGUUUGAAUGGCAAGAUAUCUUACAGGCUUCUCUCUUCCACCAAGGGUGGCUUCUACAUCAAUAAUGAAAAUGGUUCUAUUUAUACCAACAAGCCUUUGAAGUAUGCCACUGGCAACAAUGUCAUUCGGCUUCUGGUGGAAGCUCGGGAUGCAGGCGAUCCUAGUCUUUCUUCUGUCACAUCUGUAGAUAUUGAGGUGCUGGACUACAAUGACCAUGCACCUUUUUUCCAGAACAACACAUAUCAUGUUGGUGUGUGUGAAGACACAUCUGUUGGAAGUGUACUCCUUACCUUGCUGGCUCAUGACCACGAUUAUUCUGAGGAAAAUACCCAUUUAGACUAUAUCAUUACUGGGGGAAAUGAGGAGAGACGUUUCUGCAUUGAAGCCAGUACAGUGCCUACAGAGCUCCAGAGAAGUACUGUGGGGUAUUUAGUGCUAUGUGACACUCUGGACAGAGAGACCACAGGGACUUACUCAUUGACUGUUACUGUGAUGGACAGAGGAGUACCUCGACUAAACAGCUCAACGAUAGUUUCAAUUAUAGUGCUUGAUAUUAAUGACAACGAACCAGUCUUUAGCAGUUUGGAAUACUAUGUGCAGGUCAGUGAAAACAACCAGUUAAGUUCUUUCCUGGUCUUGGUGUCUGCUCAAGAUCCUGACCUUGGACCAAAUGGCACCAUAAGGUAUGACAUCAUCUCUGGUAACAGUAAAGGUUUGUUCCGAUUGAACUAUCAAACAGGUGCUCUAGAAGCCAAUGGGACACUGGAUUAUGAAGAUGAAACAAAACACAUCUUAACUGUCCAAGCAUCAGAUGGUGGUGGUCUAGACAACAAGAAAGUGUCCUUUACAGUGAUAUUCAUAACAAUACUUGAUGAGAAUGAUCAUUUGCCUUUCUUUAGGUUCCCCACCAUAAAUUGUUCUGUAGCAGAAAACCUACCUGCUUUUACUCCAGUAUGUGUGGUCCAUGCUAUCGAUCAGGAUGCAGGGAUUUUUGGCUUGCUGACUUACUCCAUAUUGACCUCCUGUUUCAUCGACUAUAGCAGUGAAAACCAAGACAUGAGUGAGGCCUUUACCAUUGAUCCUCUCACUGGAGAAAUUCAUACCAGACAAAUAUUUGACUAUGAGAGAACAAGUGAAUACUGUUUUGUUGUAGAAGCCAUAGACAAAGGAGAUCAUGGUACUACAGUAAAGGUUCAAGUAGACGUUGAAGGUGUGGAUGAGUUUAGUCCAAUGUUUACCCAGAAGCUGUACUAUUUCACUUUGCCAGACAAUGCCCUAGUGGGCCAAAGCAUUGGUCAUGUAACAGCCAUGGAUUAUGACAGGGGUCUGGAUGGCAUUGUGGAAUACAAUUUAGCAAAGCCAUCCCACUUUUUCAAUGUCAACAAAAACACUGGCAGUAUCUACAUAACAAACCCAGUGUAUCAAAGGAAAGGUUACAUGGCCACAAGUGAAGCUGUUGAAGAAUUCCUGAUUCUGGCAAGUAGUCCAAAACUUGAUUCCAGGUCAACAGCUUGCCGUGUUGUUGUGAAUAUUUCCAAUUCGCCAGAAGCUCUUACCAGCAUAGCUGUUCGUGUCCACACUGUCAGCCUUAGUGUUUCAUUAGCAGUUUUUCUCUUGCUCUUUAUAAGUAUUAUUGCUAUAAUAUUGAGGUACAAAACUAAAAACAAUAAGCUAAAGAAGACUGUUGUAUUAGCUGCUAAUAUCAAGGAUGGGCCUAUAACAUAUACCGGUACCCAUGGCCCAAGUCAGGACAUGCGAGAAAGGAGUACCUCAUGGAAGAACUCUGGCUCAAGCCCAAGAGGAUCUGCAGAGGGUGAGACUGCUGAAGAGGUAAUGAUAGUUAAUGAGUACCAGUGUCUCAAGCAGCCUGAUAAAGUUAUGGCUGACCAAAAACUGGGGAUUCCUCUUGACUCAGACCAGAUUUCCUGCAAUUCAGCUGACAUGUGUUUAGGAAAACGCCAACUGGUGGGAAUGCCCAGUGUUGAGAGUCUUCAUAAUUUUAAAGAGGAAGGAGGGGGUGAAGGGAUGUUGCCACACAUGGUCAACAUGAUGGAGAUGGAUGAGGUCAUAAGAAGCUGCCUGUCUUUAUCUGAGCAACAAAAUAUCAUUCAGGGAUCUCCCUCUAAUUUUACUUCAACAGAGAAGCACCUGAAUUGGGAUCACAACCGGGACAAUCCUUCAUAUUGGAAGCCUUAUUUCCAAUUCCAGCCAACUAUCUUCACCAACAAAAGCAUGGUUUCAGAAAAGGAACAUAGAGAAGGUGAUAUUAACAUGGAGCUUUACAGCCUUCUAAGCCCGUCAUCCCGGCCAAGCCUUAAUGCCGUUUCUUCUAAGUUACCACAAAGAAUGGAAUCAUUUGGUAAAAUGCUCUCCAAACCGACAUAUAAAUAUUCAUGUUUGGCAGAAAAAACAGGACUCAAUAAUUUUGUCAUGACCUCUGACCUUUCUCCUUCUUCAUCGCUUCUAACUCUGAGGACAACUAGUGCUUCUCCUGUCGUCUCAGAAACUGGACUGGAUAGCUUUAACAAAUAAAUAUUAGCUUUAACAUCUAAAUACCAGUAGAUGUUUUGGACAAUGCAACAAUAAAAGUAGUAUUUUUUUUCUGUGCAAUGUAAUAUAGGCCUAUUUAACUGCUUUAAAAACAUUUCUGUUCAAUAAUAAACAGGAUAAUAAAAAAAGCUACUAUACACUUCAUAUUCUGAUUUUGCAUUGCAUUUGCUCUCUUGCUUCAUUAAGAGCAGUCUAUUAUUUCUCAUCGGAAUUAGAACUUGUUACAGUGUUGAAAUAUCUACAUAUUUUAUACACUUCAUUAGACAUGUAAUUUAUUACUCAAUAAAGCACAAAAACAUGGCAGAGAACUGUUCAUUUGUUAAAUAUGUUGUUAACUACAUUCAUAUUUUUCUUUUAAAUACACAACAAAUAAUUAAAAAGCAAUAUGACCAGGGGAUGUAUUUUAUUCUAUUCACAGUGCUGUAUUUCUCAACAUCACUCUAAAAAAAUGAUCAUCUUAUUGUACAAUGCUUGAUAUACAAAAAUUUAUGUCAAAGUUUGUUUGUUUGUUUGUUGU